AACGCAAGUGACAUAUAUGUGCAACGUGGCAUUACCAGACAGCUCGAUAGUAAGAGCAAGUCUCUAGAUAAUGGAUCUUUGAGCGUGGUACCUCGGACGAUUCGCUGGGGAGUAGGUCGAAGGUGACAGACAACCGGGUGUACGCAGUGGCUUCUCAGACCGCACAAUAUCUUCCGCCUCGCUCGCAGUAUCACGCUGCACUGGCUUUCUAAAUAGUACGAUCACACCUUUCGAAAGUGCGUAGAUCGCCGGCAAAGCAGUCUAUCGUGAUCUCCGAGGGUCCUGACAUAACUAGUAUCAAUCAUGGGGAAUAUGUUUGCAACGUUAUUCAAAGGCCUCUUCGGCAAAAAGGAAAUGAGGAUUUUGAUGGUGGGUCUCGAUGCAGCUGGUAAAACCACAAUUCUGUACAAAUUAAAAUUAGGGGAAAUUGUCACUACGAUUCCCACUAUAGGUUUCAAUGUAGAAACGGUCGAGUAUAAGAAUAUAAGUUUCACUGUAUGGGAUGUGGGUGGUCAAGACAAAAUCAGGCCUCUAUGGCGGCAUUAUUUUCAGAAUACGCAAGGAUUGAUAUUCGUCGUCGAUAGCAACGAUAGGGAACGUAUCGGCGAAGCACGCGAAGAAUUGAUGAGAAUGCUGGCGGAAGAUGAGCUCAGAGAUGCGGUACUUCUCAUAUUCGCAAACAAACAGGAUCUGCCGAAUGCAAUGAACGCAGCGGAGAUUACCGACAAGUUGGGAUUGCAUUCUCUACGUAAUCGCAAUUGGUACAUUCAAGCGACGUGUGCCACAAGCGGGGACGGACUUUACGAGGGCCUCGAUUGGCUCUCCAAUCAGCUGAAAAAUGCCAACCGCUAAUUGGAAAAUUAUUCUGUCAACAUUCAGUUGCUAUAUUAACACCAUACAAAAGAAAAAGAAAAAAAAAGAGCUGCACACCUGUCCCCCCAUAAGAACGAGUAACAUAAAAAGAAAUACAGACUCUGUGAGGUCCCGCCGGCCUCGAAAGGAAAGAAUAGAAGGAUCAUCGUUGAAAGUCUCUGAAGAUCUCUGCGCUGUGAAGUUUUUGGGGGGAGGGGAGUGGGCAAGAGGCCGCAAGCACACACGAUCGAACGGCCACACAGGA